AUGAAUCACUGGAACGGUCAGAGGUUGGCACAGUCGGUUUAGAAAAGGGAGAAGUUUGCUUGUGUACUUCCAAGUACAUUUUCGAAUAGCCUUUUGCGAAGUAUAAAGUAGUUGAAAAAUGAAUCAGAGCCUAGGUCAAAGGUGGAGUCCGAACUGAUGACUAGAGCUCCUGUUGGCUCAGUUGUAUGUGCUCCGUGCCAGAGACAUGAGCUGGUUUUUGUUGUCAUCAACAGUAAAGCUUUCAUAAGCGGCGAGAACGCGAGCCUAGUCAUUAUAACUUUGAUUCAGUCUGUCACAGUCUUCCGAUUUCCCUUCUAUAGUCAAUCAACGAAAUGUUAUCACGCCUUCAUCAUUAUCAUCCGCUCGAUUCGCAUGCAAAUUCAAUAAAUCACCAGUGAAGGUGUGACUUCUUCUUCUUCUUCCGAAACCAUAUUUUCCUCAUGCAAACAGUGACAUGCUUCUUCCGUCGUCUCCUUUCAAAAAAUAAAACCCUUCCCGCGUGCGUGUGUGCGUGUCAAUCGACCGGUUUCCGGUAGUCAUCUGCUGCCACCCGCAACACCUUCUUCCGUCUCUAUUACAUCUUCAUUCUCAACGACCGCCUUCUUUUUCUCGAAAAGACAGUUCACAUUGUUUCGCUUUUUCGAUACUCCGUGGCAGUAGAAGCCAAUGCGGACAGGGAGCGGGGGAGAGAUCCAGUUUGCAGAGGACUGCUGAACUGACGGCUGUUGUAAAUAUAUCUAGUUAAUUGCGGCCAAAACGACAAUUAUCAUCGCAAAGGGGAGAGGAGGAAGAGGUGGCUUUUGUGUUUAUUCACAAUGUUUCAUUCACUUUAAUCGUGGAUUUUGGUUUUUUACUACUUUGGCAACUCUAGCAGCAUGAGCCCGUCUGUCUCUUUAAGAUCUCUAAAACCACAUUCAAAUCUGCAAUAAACCAAAAAAUGACCUCAUACUCUGCAGCAAUUGUCCACUCAAAAAACCCAUUGAUGGUUGACUUCUUCGCUUCCGAAACUGCCAAUUCUUCAUCCUAAUUCCUAUUUUCUCCGUUCAGUGAACCAGUUUUUCGUACUUUGCAAUCACUUUGAACCUUCGACACGCAAACAGUUUUCUGACCACUAGUCGCCCUCCGUAAACCACUUUGAUUUUAUUUUUGAGUAGUAAUGUGUUCGUACUGAUUGGUCAGUUCCCUGUGAACACCUUCGUCUUCAACAUUCUGACCAUCAGAUUUGUGUGUAAUGCAAUUUCUUUCGCUCGUUUUCCACUCAAGACGCACACGCCAAUUAAGCGCCCAAAUUGGGCAAUUCGCCAGUCGUUCCCUCGGUGUCAAAGACGAACUUGGCACCGACGAAUGUUCGGUUGCGCAUUUGAAAAAUGGCCUCCUGAUCUCCGCCCGGAAAUUUAGAAGCGCAGAGAAUGAUGACGAACCGAUGAUAUUCACUUUUCCUAGACUAAACUCUGUCUGCAGAAAUAUCUAAUUUUCUGCCAAGUUUGAUUUCAUAUAACAUGAAUCAUAUUUUCCAAAUUGUUGUUUUCGUUUCUGUUUCUGCAAGGAUGCAGAUACCAAUCAAAAGUGUCCUUUUCGCCCCUUUCACUUGCGAAUCUGAAAUUGUUGACUUCGUCAGUUUGUCCGAGACUCUCGUAAUUUUUGAUCGUUCAACUUUCAAAUUUCUUCGUAGAGUUGCCUUUUCCGUGCAGCUUCCGUGCUCCACACUACAAAAUCGAAACUGCCGGCCCCACCCACCGACAGAACGCUCACUUCUCUCGUGUACUCUCUCCUGUAUAUUUAUCAUCAUUCUGAUAAUGCACUCUUUUGGACUCCGCCCACCUUUUUCCAUUAUUCUCUUGAAAAUAAUAUACUUUUGCUCUUUCUGAAAAAUCACAUUUCAGGGUUCUGGAACUUGGAAUGGCGUGGAAAUUACUCGUUUUCCUACUGUCUUUUGUGGCAGUUCAGGUGAAUUUCAGUUUCUUCGAGUUGCAACAAAGUGUUUUUUAAGCUGACGUCAUCGCAGCUGUUCGAUGCUUCGGAAUGCCGAGUAUCGAAGGGAUGCCACAUUCCCGAGCCAUCACAAUCGAACGGAAUGGGCGUGGCCUGGAAUCUUCUGGACGAUGAGACCCUCGAACUCGAGCUGUUCGUGAAUGCCGAUCAGGAGAACGGAAGAUACGUGGCAGUCGGAUUCUCUGACGAUGAACACAUGGUAAGAGAGCUCAGUGAGUUCAAAGAAUGAGAACGAAAACAGCUGAAAUGAGAUUUGUACCUGACAGAAAUAAUAUAAUCAAAUGGAAACCUGGCAAUACGUUCAAUUUUUCAGGGAAACGAGCCAGUCAUCGAGUGCUCGGCAAUCGGAAAUCAACCGGCGAGCAUGAAGUUUUCAUUCGACAAGACCACCGGGAAGGGAAAUCAUCGCAUUGUCGGAGUGAGAUUGCUGGACAGUUUCCGAUGAAUAAUUCUCGUUUUCUCUUCAGGAUUACGCCGCCCACUUCUCGGAUGCCACCACUUCAUUCCAAAACGGAGUUCUCUACUGCAAAGCGAAAGUGAGAGUGACGGGCUCCUCUAACGAGCCGAACGUCUUCAAAUUCGAUCCGUCCGCCGAGUACUACCUCCUGUUGGCCAACGGAAAAACAACGGCGAAAGGACUCGGAUAUCAUAAAGAACAGUCGUCGGUCUCCCGAAAAGUCCGUCUGGCCGAUGUGAGUUUAAGAAAACAUCCAAUCUUUUGUCAAUGAACUACGAAUCACCGCUCGCUUAUCAGUAGGUUUGGCUCACGAGUGAGUUGAAAGAUUAGACAUCUCAAACCUAAAACAAACUCCACUUUUUGAUGAUAACUUGGGUUUGAAACGAGAAAAAGUGAGAAAUGGCACGCAUUGUGCACGAUUGCGUCAGAAUUAUUCGGCGAGCAAAAAAAAAAGAUGACUUGCAGGUCUCGCCCGGUUUCGACAAGGGAGAGUGCGGGACGACGAAGGGAUGUGCCCUUCCGGGAGCCGAUUCGUGCUAUAAUGUGGACGGAAACAUCGGAUCAUCCUACAAAAUCAUUUCGGAUUCGCAGAUUGAAUUUGAGAUCUUUGGACCUGCCAACACGACUGUGAAUGAGAAUGUGUACGCGGCACUCGGAUUCUCGAACGAUGAGAAGAUGGUUGGGUUGAGUCAGUCUUAACUGGAAAACAAUUUAGUUUACAGAAUGAUAUCAGUGUGAUCGAAUGCUCCAGACUCGCCUCGGAAACGGUUCCUUCGAUGAAGUUCAGCUACAAUCCAGGCUUCAAAAAUGCCAGAAUCGAUGGAGAAGAGGUAUCUAGACUUUAAUUGUUCUCUUCUUAUUGUUUAUUUAGGAUAUCCGUGCAAAGUACAUUCAACAGUCCGAAGCUCGCAUCAGUGACGGCUCGAUCUACUGUCGAGGAGUAGUGAGCGUGGGCGGCGAUCCGGACAACUCGCAAAUCUUCACGUGGAACAAGACCCAAGGAUACUAUCUGAUGUUCGCCGUCGGCUUCACCAAUUCCAGCGGUCUCAUCCCUCAUUGGGGCUCUUGCGUCUCCAUCCUGACCUUCCUCGAUCAAGUGGACAAUGUGGGAUUCAAUGAGCACACUUGCGGAGACUCGAAAGGUUGCUUCAGUCCGACCGAUUGCACAGACGGAUGCGAAGGAAUGCAAGCCUCUUGGGCGGUCCUCGGGCCAAAUCAGAUCCACGUUGAACUGACCGGAAAAGCUGAAAGUCUCAACCGUUACAUUGCGAUGGGAUUCUCGACGAACGGAAAAAUGGGAAACGCGUCGGUCAUCGAAUGCUCUUCCUUCAAUGACGCUCCGUUUGCAAUGUCCUUCUCGUACAACGAUGUCAACUACGAUGCUCAUCACUAUUCGAACGUCCGCCCGACUGCCGACAUCGCCUCUCUGUUCACCAAUCAGCGGGUCCAGUACGUGGAUGGAAUGCUCUACUGCAGUGCGGACGUUCGUGUCGCCGGAGAUUCCAAUGAUCCGACUGUGUUCAAAUACGACUCGGCAGCCAACUACAGUAUCAUUCUGGCAACUGGCGAGACACGUACUAAUGGAACCGUCAAGAAUCUCGGUUAUCACCACACGAAAAGAAGCAUUGCUCCGUUCCAACAACUCAGUGACUACACUACCCCAACUACCGCUCCCGCCCCAAGUGGAUCGGUAAGUUUAGUGGGAGAAGUCACAUUGGGGUGAACUACCAGGGCGCCAUUGUUUAAAUUUUUUAAACAAAUCACAAAAGUAACCGAACUCUUCUUAGAUAGUCUCUUCAAUUCGGCAGAAAAGGCAAUCCUCUACUUCUUCUCAAGUUUGUUUUUACAGUCUGAUUUCUCGUUGUAGACUUUUCACACUUCUCAUUUUUCACACGUUGCCCACAGAUCGUGUUUUUUACUCUUCUUCGCCUGCCGCAUGUCUUCUCUUUCUUCUUCUCAAUCCAUCCCACUUCUACUCCUAUCGCCCCCCCUCUUUCUUCUUAUUCCGAUAGUGUUUCAAAGUGCAAAUGUGCUUAUUUUCAGGGCACAUUCGACUCAUCCACCUGUGGUCACACGAAGGCCUGUUACCAGCCGACGGACAACGAUGUGGUCUCGUAUCGGUGAGUUUGUUUGGUUUCCCUCGCUUUGUGGCCGUACUGUACAAUCUACGCUGAUCCGACACUUUCUACCGUCCGGUCCCGUUGAAAAUCUCGGUGGAACCUAUCUCUUUUUCAUCGUAUUUUUCCAGUGUCAUCAACGAUUCUUCUAUCGAGUUCGAAUUCUUCUCUACUCAAGCGUCGUCUUCGGGAGUUUACACCGCUCUCGGAUUCUCUUCUAACGGUCAAAUGUCGCCGGCCAGUGUCAUUGAAUGCUCUUCUCUCGGAACUCAGCCACUUUCUAUGAAGUUCUCCGUGAAUUCUGGCACAACCAACUCAAGGAUCGACGGAGAAGAAGCGAUCCGUUCUCAGUACGUUACGAAUACGGAAACUUCUUACUCGGACGGAAAGAUCUACUGCAAAGGAACCGUCAAAUCGGACGGAAACGCGAACACGCAAAUCUUCAAGUACAAUCCAUCGGAGAAGUAUUUUCUGAUCGUCGCCAAGGGAUCUGCGUCAGCCGGAGGACUCGGCUAUCACGGACCGACCAACAGACACGCGUCUUCGCAACGUCUUCUCACAGAUCUGAAUGCUGGGAAUGGCUCUGGUUCGAAGGUUACUCUCGUCAUCCUCCAUGCCGUUUUCAUGACCGUCGCCUGGAUGACGAUGGUCCCGAUCGCAGUCAUUUUCGCCCGAAUUCUCAGAUCUUCGUGGCCAACACUCAAACCCGGCGGCCUUCUCAUCUGGUUCCAUGUAUGCUCAACGUUGCUCUGUACUUCAUCUGUAUUCUAUUCUUUCAGAUUCAUCGUGGUGCCAACCUCAUCGGAAUCUGCUUGAUGAUUGCUGGAUUCGUCCUGAUUCUCGUCCAUAAAGACUGGAAGUUUGUGAACAGUGGCUGGGGAGGAAAGCACGCAAUCAUCGGAAUCAUCUCACUGGUUCUCGCCUGGCUUCAGCCCUUCAUCAGUACCCUCAGAUGCUCGCCGAAUGAUCCGAGACGACCGAUCUUCAACUACAUUCAUCGUGGAAUUGGAGUCAUUGCGAUGGUGCUAGCCAGUAAGAUCUAGAAACAUCGAAUUCUGCUUAAUUUCCUUCUUCUUCCAGCAACUGCCAUCUGCAUCGCCGGCUACCACUUUACUCCGCAGAGGAAUGUUGUCCAGUUGGUUCUCGCCCUUAUUCCUAUCGCCGUCAUCUUCGCCCUUUCCUUCUUCUUCGUCGUCUUCAACCGUAUCGUCGACGUCGACACAAAGUCAUUCGGAAAGGUGAGCAUGAAGCACUCGCACCAAUCAAUGUUCUCUCGAACUUUAUCCUUUGUCGCUUCCACAACCGGUCCGUCCCGCCCAUCACUUCGUACACAUUACAGAACGGAAACACUGUUCGAACAGAAGACAUUCCAAUGCGACCGACGUCAAAGACGGAAACGGAGACGACGUGGGCGAUCCGUUCGACAUCCGAUCAGAGUCAGACGAACAGUUCGAGCAACCGGGAAGUGCCGGUCGAGAAGAAACGACUUUGGGUACGUUGGGUCUCGUAUUGCACUCUUCCCUCAUGUCGUAUUCACUACUUGGCAGUUUUUUAUUGCGCAGAACCAUUCUGUUUCGUUUCAGGUAAACCGUUUCCGCGAGUUUGUCGUCUACGGCGCCGUCCUCGUCUUCGUCGCCAUCGGAACCAUACUAUCCGUCUUCUUCGCCCUCGGACUCUCUUCCUAA